UGAAUAAAGGUUGAGUGGACAACUCCUUUGUUAUUUUCCUUUUCCUUGACUCCGCCUCCUUGCUUUCCCUUCAUUCCCUUUUGCGCUUGUGCUUUUAAACCCAAAGCGGCCGCCGUAGGCGAGGGUGGCAAGAUGGCUUCCUUUGCUUUUGCUCGUGCAGUGAGAGCUGCUUCAGGAAUCCUAUGGCCCCUGAAUAUUUUGGCAUCUUCAACCUAUCGCAACUGUGUCAAGAAUGCCUCUCUUAUUUCUGCAUUGUCCACUGGACGCUUUAGUCAUAUUCAGACACCAGUUGUUUCCUCCACUCCCAGACUUACCACAUCUGAGAGGAACCUGACAUGUGGGCAUACUUCAGAGAUCCUUAAUAGAUUGGCCCCCGUGCUUCCAAGUGUCCUGAAGCUACCAGUCAGAUCUCUAACAUACUUCAGUACAAGAAAAGGCAAGAGAAAGACUGUGAAAGCUGUCAUCUAUAGGUUUCUUCGACUUCAUUGUGGCCUAUGGGUGAGAAGAAAGGCUGGCUAUAAGAAAAAAUUAUGGAAAAAGACACCUGCAAGAAAAAAGCGAUUGAGGGAAUUUGUGUUCUGCAAUAAAACCCAGAGUAAACUCUUAGAUAAGAUGACGACGUCCUUCUGGAAGAGGCGAAACUGAAUCACAGAAUGCAGAACUAAGGAGAUCUCAAGCCAUCUGGUCCAAUCACCAUGAGGCCUCCAAAUAGAAACCAGAGCUCUUCCUGGGACACCCUGCUCCUAAGAACAUAUUCGGCCACCAAAUGUGCUCUCUCUCCAUCAACAGUGGACUUGCUAGACUAUUCCACCACCAGGCGUGGAGUAAAACAGACAACUGAACCCUCAUCUUGGGCAGCUUUACCAGCUACUACUGCUGUGCUCCCCAACAGCCAGCAGGAGGCAGCACAGCACCGAAAGCUGAAUUUUAGGCUGGGGUGUGAUUGGUUCAGGCUGGGCCUUAGUAAGUAAAGUCCUGAGAUCAUUGAUGUUCCUUUGAUUUUAUUAUUAUUAUUAUUUUUUUUAUUUCUACUCUGCACUUCCCUCAGCUUAUUUACUCUGGGUUUAGUUUGUCUUCUGCUCCCUUCCUCUGUCCUAAUCAGCUGCAUCCUGUUGAGCACAAAGACCAGUGACUCCAGGGAGCCCUUGCUGAAUACUCUGACCCUCCCUGGCCUCCCCACUCUGAGACCCGACAGUGCUUGGAGGCUGUGCCACACAGCUUGUGUUGGGUGCCCUGGUCCUCAUGUCAGUCUCAUUGCCUUAGCCAACAGAGGCAUCCUGAGGUUGGGGGCCCAUGGCUGAUCCUCCCUCAGUCCCUCUAAGCACCUGACCCAGGGCUGGGCACACAGUGGCCACUCAUCAACUAAACUAAGUAGAAUCCUGAAGUCAUCUCAGUAGAGCUCAGCUCUCGUCCCAAGUCAAAGCUUGAUACUCCCAUUAACCAAACCAGGAAAUUCCUUCUGGACACAGAUACCUCCUGCCUGGCAGGAGGGAAAGAAGACCAAAAGCCCUCAGACCAAGGCAAAAACUGCAGAAGCAGCCUGGCCAGCUCCACCCCCGCAGCAAACUCCAUGACGUGGAAGUGGGGUAGGUACCAUUUCGAGUCUGUGCCUCUGCAUAUGCUGUAACCUCCACAUCCAGGUCCAGGGCUUUCCCUGUACUGAUAGCUGUGGGUGUCAGAAGGUGACCCAAAGUCACCGUGAGAUCCUCAGGCAUCUAACAACCCAGGCCAGUCAUCCAGUCUGGAUUCACUGAGGCUGAGCAAUGAACUCACACAUUACCAAAAUCACCAUCAUCACUCUAAUCUCAGGCUUUGUGCAUGUU